AUGUGUGAGCACCAAAAAUAUUAUGAUAUCUCAAAGGAGUUUGGUUUUAACAGAGUAUUAUUUGAAGAUUUAACAGGAGACCUCGAAAAAUUCCUAAGUAUUCAAAAAGAAUGUACUGAUGACUGCAAAAAAAUGAAGAUUGAAAUUGUUGAAAAAACAUUAGGAGAUUUUACUACCAUAGCCACAAAUUACUUUAAAGAUGCUAAAAUUGGAAUAAAAAGAAAGGAUGAAUGUAGUGGUAUUAAUUAUUUUCUUAAUUGUGAAGGAGAGCUUGAUGAUGAAGAAGAUCAUGAAUUUUUAGAAGACGUAGAAAAAGCGAUGCAUAAAAUGGAAAGACAUUUAAAAUAA